GACAAACUAUAGAAUUUGUAUGCUCAUGCUUGUGUAGGCUAAAUACGUAUUUCGUUAAAGUUUCUCUUCUAUACUUAUCUCAUGCUUUCUACUGGUCAUCUAUCAUAAAGUAGUUUUUGCUGAUCGAUUUUGACAUUUUGUGGUAAAUUUUUGACAGAGAUCGACCGGCUCGAGUAUCACAAUGGGUAAUGAAAACUCGCUGCCUCUGGAACUAUGUUCUAAUUUUGAUGCUGAUGAAAUUAGAAGAUUAGGAAAACGAUUUCGGAAGUUAGAUUUAGAUAACAGUGGUGCUUUAAGUAUUGAUGAGUUUAUGUCAUUGCCAGAAUUACAACAGAAUCCUUUAGUGCAACGUGUUAUAGAUAUAUUUGAUUCAGAUGGCAAUGGAGAAGUAGAUUUUAAGGAAUUUAUUUAUGGUGUUUCUCAAUUCAGUGUUAAGGGAGAUAAAGAAAGCAAAUUAAGAUUUGCAUUUAGAAUUUAUGAUAUGGAUAACGAUGGUUUUAUAAGCAAUGGGGAAUUAUUCCAAGUAUUGAAAAUGAUGGUAGGCAAUAACUUAAAGGAUACUCAACUUCAACAAAUUGUUGAUAAAACAAUAUUAUUUGCUGACAAAGAUGAAGAUGGCAAAAUUAGUUUUGAAGAAUUUUGUUCUGUUGUUGGUAAUACAGAUAUUCAUAAGAAGAUGGUGGUUGAUGUUUAAAUUAUUGAAAGUUUAUGGAAAGAAAAAUAUUAGAAAACAAGUUAAUGGUAAUAUCAAUUUGACUUAAUGAAUUCAUUAUUAACACUAGAUUGAUUGAAUAGUUAUAAGUAACAAAAUUGUGUAGGGUGAAAUUAUGUUAUUAAGUCUUUAAUCUAUACAAAGUCUUUAAUAUAUAUAUAUAUAUAUACAUAAGUUUGUCAUCUGUGAAAAUGCUUUCCAUAGUGCACUGUACAUUACAAUUGAAUUGACCACCGACCUUCUAAGAUUGUGCACAUUUACUAAACAUGUGUAUUGUAUAGAUUUUAAUAUUAUAAAAUGUCUUAUACGCAACAUAUACAUAUUUUUAGUUGAAAUAUUACGUUUUUUUAGUUGAAAAUAUUAUUCAAAUAGCUCUGUUAUCAUUUUAUAAUUUAUAAUAUGAUAUAAUAUAAUAUAAUAAUUAGUGUACAAAAAGCUAUAAAGUUGUUCCAGAAUAUUAUUUUAUAUAUUAAAAUCUAAUUCAGAUAUAUGUUUUCAUUCUUAUCUUACAAUAUACUUCAAUAAUAUGAAA